GCCCCCUCACUCCUUCCCCCCCGGCCCGUCACCGUCGCGGGGUCCCGCCCCGGGGCCCCUCGGUGCCCCUCGGUGCUGGUCACACACGCGCACCCCACACACACACCCCAGGCCGGUCGCCCCAUGGCCUCUGGCGGCUUGGGGAGCCCUGAGGAACCCAAUGGCAGCCCGCGGAGCUGAGGGGAGCGGCCGUUGGCGGCUGGCGGCAGGGCGGCGGCGCCCGCGCCCUCUCCUGCCUCGUCCGGAGCUGCGGCGAGGCCCGGUGGGGCGGGACGGGCCUCGUGGUUCCUCCGAGGCUCUGGCGGUGCUGAGUGAUGGUAUACCCAGAUCAGACAUCUACCCAGCCUUUCAGGAUGUCAGCCGUAUGGUGAUUUUUGGACUCGGCUUUUUCAUGGCGUUUCUGAAAAGAUACGGGUUUAGCAGCACUGGAUUCAAUCUCCUAAUCAUUGCACUUGGUGUCCAAUGGUCUGUGCUGAUGGAAGGUUUAUUAGUUUCCUUGUUCCAAACAACAAAGGAAGAUGAUCUGAAAAGCAUAACAAAAGCUACUAUGAGUAUGACUGCUGUGGUCAUCUCCUCUGCAGCUGUUCUCGGGAAGGCUAAUCCUAUCCAGCUGAUUGUGAUGACAGUUGUGGAGAUAGUGGCUUUCUUUUUGAGCAGAUGGAUCAACAAGAUGUACCUGGAGAUUGAAGACAGUGUCAGCAUGAUGCAUGUUCACCUGUUCGGAGCCUACUUUGGUCUAGCAGUCUCCUUCUUCUUCUCUGAGCCCUCACCUGAGAAGAAUAGGAGUACCCCAAAGUCAGAUUUAAUGUCAAUGCUGGGCACUCUCUUCCUAUGGCUAUUCUGGCCAAGCUUCAAUUCUGUACUAGCUGAGAAGAACAAGAAUACUAUAAUCUACAACACCUAUUUUGCACUUGCAGUAAGUGCUGUAACUGCCUUCGCAUUGUCUGUUCUGACCACGAAAGAUGGAAAACUCAGGAUGACACAUUUCCGCAGUGCAACACUAGCUGGUGGGAUUACUAUUGGCUAUGUAGCACACAAUAUUCAGUAUCCCUGGAUUGCAAUGAUUUUGGGUCUGCUUGCUAGUGUGAUCACCAUAAUAGGAUCUCACUGUUUUCAGAGAUGUUUUAAUCCUAUUCUCAAGAUUUAUGAUGCCCCUGGAGUUCUUUACACUUUUGGCUUGCCUGCUGUGUUUGGAGCUCUUGCCCAUGUCAUUCUCUUUAUAAUAAAAAACUGGACAGAUUUACCAAGCCAUGGACAUUUGAUCCUGACUGACAUUGGUACCUUCUGCCUGACCAUCAGUAUGGCCUUGAUGUCAGGUUUUAUUACAGGUCCCAUUUUAAAUCUCAAAUUCUUGAAGACUACCCCUGUAUCAAAGUACUGUGACGACCAGUUUUACUGGGAGUUUCCACAUUUGGCUGUUGGAUUUUGAAUGGAGGAACCCAAAUUACACAUUUGACUAAGAUAAAAUUUUCCUAUUUGUCAUUAUAGAAAAUGAAUAAUUAUGAUGGGGUGGGUGAAAAAGCCCUUAUGUUUCAGUUCUCCAGUUCAAAAAAGACAUCCCAAUAGAUGCACAAAAAAAGUAAUCAACUAUUUUAGUUACUGUUAAAAGACACUGAACAUAAACUUACAGAUACAAACUUGUAAUGCAUUCCACUUUUCUGCUUCAAUGGUCCAGUCCAGCCCUGAAUAUUUUAUUUUGUAGGAUGUGUGCAAGAAAGCUGGCUGCAUUCACUUCUGUGAUGGCUUAGCAAUCGAAAUGCUUGUGAACUUUGAAGAAGAGAACUAUGUUUAGCUGCCAAGUUUAAAAGCAAAAAUACAUAUUUUAAAGUACAGUUCUGCAAGGCAUACGUACUGGUUCUGAUCUAGCUAAACAUUAAACUACUUGGUUUUAAGCUAAAUUAAUUCCACUGAAGGCCGUGUUAAACAUGGACUUGACAAGUGAGCUGGAUCAGCUGCAUCUUGCCUAACUGAACUCAUGAGUUUUCUAACUUGUUAAAGAAAAUCUCGAAGUGCUUGGCUAACGCUAGCUGUUUGAAAGCUCAAAUAGCAAGAAGUUACAGUGUUCUGCAUCUGGGUGGUGCCCCUGAAAUCAGUGGCAGUACUGGUACAUGAGAUUCAGUAGCAAAUGUAAGAACAGUCUCUUACUGAGCAGUGGCAGGCUGCACUGGGACACAAUCAGCUUUCCAAAAGCCUCUGGCCUGCUGUAGGCAUAUGGAUGACGGUCAUCUCUCCAGACCGCAGAGAGUGAGGGAGCAGUCAAUAGCAGUCCUAUUGACUUGAAUGGAGCUAGUUACAUGACGACGGAUUUAACUGGAUCGGGACUAAUUUUGUGUAACUGAUUCCUUAGAAACAGUAUUAAGACUCAAUUUCAGAAGUGUGUUGUGCUGCUUGAUUGAAAAAUCUUUUAGUAUUUUAAUGAAAUGCUUUGUUUUUUAAACAUUUUAAGGAACAACAUAAAAAGUUUCUACACAGUAGAUAAAAAAAUAUUGGUAACAGAAUGUAGGCUUCUUUUUUGAUUCUGGAACAAUGGUCAACUUGGAAAAAAAUGUAUCUGAAAAAGCAUCUUUUUUACUGCCACUUAGAUGGCAUUAAAGGUCUUGCCUUUGAUGUAAAUGAAACAGCAGAUAUCUGCUUGUAGAGAACUCAGACUGGGACACGCAUGGGUCUUCGGUGCGUUAAUUAAGGGCCUGCUCUUGCAGAGGAUUCUGUGCAACUGAACCCGUUUUUAAAUGAAACUCCCUGGAGGAUCGUGGUUCUCAUUGUUUCUUCUUCUGAAAAUAGCUGACACGGAAAAAUGUUGUCAAAGUGCUUACGUAAUAAAAAAGUCAAGAUUU